GCAUGGCCAAUAGUCACGCAUGCGCCGUCAGAGCGGCGAAGCGCUAGACGACACGAGGUCGUAGAAGAGACACCCAUCACUUCCCAUCAAGUCACCCAUCACUGUCACAGCCUGCAGUUCCUCGCGUAAUCGAUCCCCCACCUCACAAAUAACCCGUCAGCUUAACCGUUAGGAUUUAUCUUCAUUUUGUAGCCCCUCGAUCCUUCUAGGCGAACCGACACGCCGCUCACAUCAAGGUUCUGGAACGUGGGCCUCUCGAUAUGAAGGCCGCAUUUGGGGUCCUAUCCCUAUGUUGGGCCAUCCUUCCAGAACCACACUAACUUGGUGGUGGCCCACUGUACCUCAGCCUAGCUUGCACCCUUCUUUCGAGUGUGGUUCGCAAACAUAUAUAUUCCAGUGGUUGAGUAUGAGUGGAUCUUAAGCACCACCUUCGACUUUGACAACUCUCUUCCAAAUGAACUUCAGCAUUGCUCCUUGCCUCACUCUGUCCCCAACGGCCAGCAGUUGCCCCUUCGAGGCUAUCAGGUUAUCGUUCACGUCUAAUCUCAGAAUUCCUCUGGGGCCGGCGGCGUUCACCCCAGGUGGCUCAAUAUCCCUUGCAUCACCACAUGUUGAGAUCUGGCUUCAAAACAAACAGGUGCUCAUACGAGACCAAAACACCACCCACGGAACAUAUGUGAAUGGUAUCCGAAUAGUGCAACAAACUCUUUUGCAGAAUGGCGACAUCCUUACAUUGGGCGUUCCAAUAAAUCGGUCCUCGGGUGUCCCCGCCAAUGUAACCAAUGACCAACUUAAGCCCAUUAAAGCAAUUGUGACUAUUGUGGGUGUCUGAUCGCCCAUUAGCAGCUACGCUGCCAAUCAUAAUUAUCGUGGCCGUAAUUGGAUGUCGCGAUCUUCACGAUCUGUUAAAAAAACCCAUCACCCUUGCACCAGUAGAUUACUUUUACACUGCUCUUCAUUCAUUUCUUUCUUCUGUAUCGAUCGUACUCUGAUGACAGUGACCACGCAGUCGCAUAGUUGUAGCAUGCUUAGAUGUUUAGCUUAGAUAUGCGAGUAUUGAGUGCGCCGCAUGUAGAAUAGAAUAGAGAAAGCUGAUGGUGAUACAUAUGUUUGAGGCACGCUGAAUUAGAAGGCCCCCUAGAGCCUCCUAGACGCCAUGACACCAACAAAUUAAAAUCUUAUCACUGGCGCCAAUCUGCCAACCUAGAGUGUGGAGCUUCGAUUGAUUAGGAAGGUGAAGAGCUUAUUGGACGGGCAUCAGCAG